AUGACAACUUCCAAAUCAUUGAAAAUUAUCUUUGUCAUUUGGUUGAUUUCAACUGCCUUUGCCACCUACGCCGCCACUCCUAAUUCAGGAAGCCUGGAAAUCUUGGCUACAAGCGAGAAGCAUUGCAGUCCUGUUGAUGAUAAUAAGACAAUAGAAUUCUAUACUUUUCUGCCAAUAUGUGUAUUUUUUCUACCCACCGUGGUCAUACUUGUUAUGUACGCUCUUAUUUUUGUUGUUGUUCAUAAACGACAGAAGAUGCUGAGAAAUGGGGAACUGGGUCAAACCUGCAAUGAUCGGAACCAACGACGUGCCUUUCUUCAAGAUCUGAAGACUAUUCGAAUGCUAUUGGUUGUCGUUGGAGUGUUUAUACUUUGUUGGGGCCCUUACUUUAUUUGUCCGUUUUACUAUCCAAAUUCUGCUGAUAGCCAUAACCGCUCAUUAAGUUACUGGUAUUUGUUCUAUGCAGGUCUAACACUAGUAAAGACACUCCCACUCUUUAACAGUCUAUGCAAUCCAAUAAUCUAUGCCUGUCUGGAUCAAACGUACAGAGGGGCUUUCAAAAAUCUGUUCCAGCGAAUGCGGUGCCGACCAAGCUCAACAAGACAACCACUGCGAAACGGAAUAGAGUUACCUCCACUAAGAACUAGAUAA